AAACAAACUCUUGAAUCAAACAUUGAUUUAAAUUAAUAUUUUUAAUUGAGUGCUAAUUAUUAGACUAUAAUUACUGCAAACAAUUACAACACAAAACUUUGGAUCCAUUCAUAUCAGGGAUAAUCAUCUGAGGAGUUGCGAAGCGAUGGCAAUAUUGGCCGCUGUCUUGAGUCGACUCAAGAAAUUAUUUGUGGUUUUGUUUGCGGUCUUAAAGAAGCCGUUUUGUUGCCGACGGAGGACUCGACGCAACUCAGGCAUGAUUUUGCCGAUGACUGUCACCACCACUGAUGGCCACAAUCAACACAACGUGUCGGCCGGCCAUCACUGGCCAACACAUGCCGGCGCUCAACAUAUGACCAACAAUUCGGCCAAUUUUGCCACAAAUAGUCACUCAAAUCAACACACGUUUAGCUCUAAUGGAUCGCAAAAUUUGUACUUUAAUUCAAAUACACAGCAAAACACGGUUUCCGUCGCCGAAGAGCCGCCGCCAGAAGUGGAGGAAGACUUCUUCAGGGAUAUGGUUCCACAAUUCAGGAGAACCAAAAAAAUUGUGUUGACUUCCAAUGAAAGCACUGAUAAUCAAAAGUCCAAUCGAUUCGGUGUCGACGCGAAGGCCACUAUAUUCCAGAGCAAAGAGUUGGGAGCAAUGGAUCACUUCGAGGAUCCGGAGGGAGCGGGCAGUUGGGAGGACAGCGCGGCCGACGAGAUGUGGGACACAGACCAGAGUUUCAGGGAUUUGCGGCAACAGGAAAGGGAGCGCCGGAUCGCUGAACACCAGCGCAUUAAACAGGAACGGGAGGCUAAACGGGCCAAACAACCCAAAGGCAAUCUGUUGGCCACGAAGAUCAGCUAAUUCUGGGGCCACUCUCGGGCCCCACACCUCCUACUGGUUGUAUAGUUAGCGUAUUUUCUAAUCAUAUAUUAUUUUGUGAUCAUUUUAUAAUAAUUUCCAUCAUUUGACUGACCGGUCGGUUGUGUUCAUAAUUAUUAUUUCCCCGAAUAAACCGAA